AAUGGAUGAUUCCUAGAAGUGACCAAGGAUGGGAUGGGCAUGGGCCACGAUUGCCAGGUGGCCUGUUUGCUAAUAACUGAAAUAAUGGGCGGAGAGGACAAGGUUGGGGGGCUAGGGCUAGCUCAUUGGGGGAUUUUAAUUAACAAAAUUGCUCGAAAUUACAUAUUUGUCACCAACACGCCAGCACUUGAACUGCAUAACCCAGUCCUGACUUCGAAGCUUGUGCGGCUUAAUCUUGCAAAUUUAGCGGAUCAGAAUUAUUCCCUCCUCUCCAAGAAUCUCCCAUUUUCCUUUAUUUCUCUCUCUCCCUCUCCCAAAAAGCACUUUUCCAGAAAAUCAGACUUUUUUCAGGUGACGGAAAUGAAUUCCUAUUCCUUCUCUGAUUUCCCCGAGGACGUCCAGCUCUGUAUCCUUUCGUUCCUAACCCCAACAGAGGUUGCCAUUUUCGCUUGCACAUCGAGGCGAUUCUCUCCACUCUGCCAAGACGACAGCAAGCUCUGGUACGCAAUUUGUGAUAGGCGGUGGGGAUCCAAGACCCAAAUCAAGAAAUGGGGUAAUGGGAAAAUCUCCUACAAGCUCCUCUAUAGAACUCUCAACAAAUGGGAGAAUCUGAUUGGUUUCUGGCGCCGGUGCGGCCACGGUCAACAUAGGCAAUCCGCCGGUGUGAAACCUCCGGCGUUAGUUUUCUUCGAGUGGGGUCCGUCGUUUCUUUCUGGUACUAGAGUCUCUCCGUCUCAAAAUGGUACAUAUCAUGUAACCAAAACGCCGUUCCUUUGGAUGGGCAUAUUACCGGAGGGUCAAAUUAUAAAUUACCUUGAUCCCGAUGGGAAUAAUAGUGGGCUAUCUGGUGAAUUGGGAUUCUUGGAGAUGGAUUUGAUUCCGGUUAACGUUAAUUUUAUCGGGGAUAUGCAUCUUACUGUGGAAGAGAAUGUGGGUUUUGCUUAUUCAAGGAGUGCAGGUGCGACGAAUUUGAAAGGGGAGUAUGGUGAGGAUGUGAGUAAUGGGCUAGAAAGUGGGUCUCCGGGGAGCUUAUCGGAAACUUCGGAGUUGUAUCAAUAUUAUGCGAAUAGAAUGAGUCCUGGAGCAGAUAGGUCCUGGAGGAGGCAGAGGAGGAGAGAGAAAGAGAAGCAGGGGAGGAAGAAGUGGGCGACAGAACAUUUCUUGAGGAUUGUUGAUUCCUCGCCUACGCCAGCUCGGCCAUUGCAGGGAUUAUGGAAGGGAAUUUGUGAUGAUAUGAAGUUGGAAUUCUAUCUUGUAACAUAUGAUGGGGUUGGCAUCUCUUGCCGAAGGGUUGGGGACUUGUCUGAACCGCUUUCUAGUUCUACACCAGUGUUCUGGACAUCAAGUCCUGUAUUUAUUGUGUCUCCAUUUUCACCUGAGGAAGAACAUCUGUACAGGAGCCGCAUACAUCUGCAUCUGUCCAUGACAUCAGAGGACAUGCAUUAUGAGGUGGUCUCUCGCAUUAUGUACAUCAACUCAAGUUAUGAUUUAGUCAUCCCAGGUUUGGCAGGAGGUUCUGCAAAUCCUUGGCAUGUUGAGGGAAGGAUUUGGCAAUACGAGAAUGGGACAUUUGGUUUUGGGUUUCUUCGGGACAACUAUGUUAUUGACCUAAAGCACAUUGCCCAAGAUGGUUGUCUCCUUGAUACAAUGGAGGGUUUCUGUGAUUGAUAGUCGAUUGAUAUCCUUGCAUGGGAUCUUCUGUGUACAAAUAGAGUUGUAGCUCAAUGCCAUAAUUUCCAUGGCAUUGUGUACUACAUUUGUUGUAGAAAUAAUAAUGUUAAUAUGCCGUAAUUUUCCAUGCCAUAAUUUUCCGCUUUUUUUAA